ACAUUCCUUUCUGCUUUCUGAGUCUCUGCAACACACACCCACACACCAGCAUUCUUUAAGAUACAACACCACCCUCUUCCUUGUAGCUUUGAAACAUCCAUUCAUCUUGGUCUAGUUCCACAAGCCACCAUUCUGAUUUUCAUGAUCAGCUGAGUUUAGCAUCAUGGGAACACCUGUGAACAUCAUUGUUGGAUCACAGGUUUGGGCAGAGGAUCCUGAGGCUGCAUGGAUUGAUGGUGAGGUGAUAGAAAUCAAUGGCACAAAUGCCACCAUCAUUGCCUCAAAUGGGAAAAAAGUGGUAGCUGAAAUUUCAAGUAUAUACCCCAAAGAUACAGAGGCACCACCUGCAGGAGUUGAUGACAUGACCAAGCUAGCAUACCUCCAUGAGCCAGGAGUCUUGUAUAACCUUGCAUGUCGUUUUUCUCUUAAUGAGAUAUAUACGUAUACAGGGAAUAUCUUAAUUGCAGUGAAUCCAUUUCGAAGACUACCACACUUGUAUGAUAUCCAUAUGAUGGAGCAGUACAAAGGAGCAGCAUUUGGAGAGCUGAGUCCUCACCUUUUUGCUGUAGCAGACACGUGUUACAGGGCAAUGAUAAAUGAAAAUGGAAGUCAAUCCAUUUUGGUAAGUGGAGAGAGUGGAGCUGGAAAAACUGAGACAACUAAAAUGCUAAUGAGAUAUCUAGCAUUCAUGGGGGGUAGAUCUGGCACAGAAGGAAGAACUGUGGAACAACAGGUUUUGGAGUCCAAUCCAGUGUUGGAAGCAUUUGGAAAUGCCAAAACUGUCAAAAACAACAAUUCGAGUCGUUUUGGUAAAUUUGUUGAAAUUCAAUUUGACAAGAAUGGGAAGAUUUCGGGAGCUGCAAUCCGUACUUAUCUCCUCGAAAGGUCACGGGUUUGCCAAGUCUCUGAUCCAGAGAGAAACUAUCAUUGCUUUUACAUGCUUUGUGCAGCACCACCGGAGGAUGUCAAGAAGUACAAGUUAGGGGAUCCAAGGCAAUUCCACUAUCUUAAUCAAUCAAACUGUUAUGAAGUGUCAAAUGUAGAUGAUGCAAAAGAAUACUUGGAGACCAGAAAUGCAAUGGAUAUUGUAGGCAUUGGCCAAGAAGAGCAGGAAGCUAUCUUUCGUGUAGUUGCUGCAAUCCUCCACCUUGGAAACAUUGACUUUGUCAAAGGGAAAGAAGUUGAUUCUUCCAAAUUGAAAGAUGAUAAAUCACUCUUACACCUUCGAACAGCUGCAGAGUUAUUCAUGUGUGAUGAGAAAGCACUAGAAGACUCACUUUGCAAGCGUGUCAUUGUUACUCCUGAUGGUAACAUUACCAAACCACUAGACCCAGAAGCAGCUGCCUUGAGCCGAGAUGCUUUGGCAAAGACUGUGUAUUCCAGAUUGUUUGAUUGGAUUGUUGACAAGAUUAACAGUUCCAUUGGUCAAGAUUCCAAUGCAGUAAGCAUAAUAGGAGUCCUUGACAUUUAUGGGUUUGAAAGCUUCAAAAUCAACAGUUUUGAGCAACUAUGUAUCAACCUAACAAAUGAAAAGUUGCAACAACAUUUUAAUCAGCAUGUAUUCAAGAUGGAGCAAGAAGAGUACACAAAGGAGGAAAUCAAUUGGAGCUAUGUAGAAUUCGUGGAUAAUCAGGAUGUUCUUGAUCUUAUUGAGAAGAAACCAGGGGGAAUAAUUGCUCUUCUUGAUGAAGCCUGCAUGUUUCCCAAAUCGACUCAUGAGACUUUUGCACAAAAGAUGUACCAGACAUACAAAGCACACAAGCGCUUCAGCAAGCCAAAACUAGCUCGAACAGAUUUCACAAUUAACCACUAUGCUGGAGAUGUCACAUAUCAAGCAGAUUAUUUUCUUGAUAAAAAUAAAGAUUAUGUUGUAGCAGAGCAUCAAGCUCUUUUAUGUGCUUCAAAGUGCUCAUUUGUUGCUAAUCUUUUCCCUCCUUUACCAGAGGAGACAUCAAAGCAAUCAAAAUUCUCUUCCAUUGGUUCACAGUUUAAGCAACAACUGCAAUCUCUCAUGGAGACACUGAACACAACAGAACCCCAUUACAUAAGAUGUGUGAAACCAAAUACAGUUUUGCAGCCAGGAAUCUUUGAGAACUUCAAUGUCUUAAACCAGUUAAGAUGUGGGGGAGUACUUGAGGCAAUAAGAAUUAGUUGUGCAGGAUAUCCAACAAAAAGAACAUUUGAAGAGUUUAUUGAUCGAUUUGGAAUGCUAGCCCCUGAUGUCCUUGAUGGAUCUGAUGAGAAGAAGGCAUCUAUUUCCAUCUGUGAUAAGAUGGGCUUAAAAGGUUAUCAAAUGGGGAAAACAAAAGUGUUUCUCAGAGCUGGUCAGAUGGCUGAAUUAGAUGCACGAAGAGCCGAAGUCCUAGCUAAAGCAGCUAGACGCAUACAGAGACAAAUCCGAACACAUUUAACCAGAAAGGAGUUCAUCACUCUGAGAAAGGCCACAAUUCAUAUCCAGAAGAUUUGGAGAGCUAAACUUGCUCGGAGACUCUAUGAGCAUAUGAGGAGGGAAGCAGCUUCUAUCCGGAUACAGAAACAUGUGCGUGCACACAGAGCAAGAAUAUCUUAUACAUCAUUACAAGCAUCAGCUGUAGUUAUUCAAUCAGGGUUGAGAGCAUUGGCCGCACGAAAUGAAUAUAGGUACAGAAGAAGAACAAAGGCUUCAAUAAAAAUUCAGACACAAUGGAGAAGAGUUCAAGCUCUUUCUGAUUACAAACAGCAGAAGAAAGCAACUGUUACACUUCAAUGUCUCUGGAGAGCUAGAGUAGCAAGGAAAGAGCUCAGAAAGCUUCGAAUGGCUGCAAGGGAAACUGGGGCACUUAAGGAAGCAAAGGACAAGUUGGAGAAGCGUGUUGAGGAGCUUACAUGGAGACUAGAUAUUGAAAAGCACUUGAGGAUGGAUAUUGAAGAAGCUAAAGGGCAAGAGAUUGCAAAAUUGCAAAAUGCUUUACAAGAAAUGCAAACUCAGCUAGAUGAAGCUCACGCUGCAAUUAUACAUGAGAAAGAAGCAGCAAAAAUAGCAAUUGAACAAGCACCACCAGUAAUUAAAGAGGUACCUGUUGUGGACAACACCAAGCUAGAGUUACUGACAGAUAAAAAUGAGGAGCUGGAGACUGAAGUAGAAGAGCUGAAAAAGAAGAUUAAGGAGUUUGAAGAAAGGUGCUCAGAAAUUGAAAAUGAGAAUCAAGCAAGGAUGAAAGAGGCAGAAGAAGCACAGUUUAAAGCAACACAACUUCAGGAGACUAUUGAAAGAUUAGAAUUGAGUUUGUCAAACCUUGAGUCCGAGAAUCAGGUUCUAUGCCAGCAGGCUUUGGUAGAAUCAAAAAAUGAAGAACUCUCCAAAGAGAUCAAAAUCCUGAAGGGUCAGAUAGCAAAUCUAGAAUCAGAAAAUGAAUUCCUACGGAGCCAGGCAGCUGCUGCUAUUGAGCAGAAAGUUCAUCCAGAAAAAAUAGAAACAGACCAUGAAGUUACUAUUGUAGAACAGAUGCAACCAACAGUUAUUGUUGAUAAUAUGACUGCACAAAUCAAGACUUUGGAUAAUGGAAAUCAAACAGAGGAAGAAUUGAUUGCAAGAAAAGAACCAAGAGCACCAGUUUACUUACUUACAAAACAAAGAUCACUCACAGACAGGCAGCAGGAAAGUCAUGAUGCGCUGCUCAAGUGUCUCACGGAAGAUAAACGAUUUGAGAAAAACAGACCAGCAGUUGCUUGUGUUGUUUAUAAAUCACUUCUUCAUUGGCGAUCCUUUGAAGCAGAGAAGACACAUAUAUUUGACAAAAUUACACAUGCUAUCCGAUCAUCUAUAGAGAGUCAAGAAGGAGGGAUCCAUGAUCUAGCGUACUGGCUUUCAACAACUUCAACACUUCUGUUUUAUCUACAAUGCACAAUAAAGGCCAGCAAUACAACCAAGCCAGUGUCACGCAACCGAAACUCCCCUGCCACUCUGUUUGGGAAAAUGGCCCAAGGUUUACGUUCAUCCUCGAUGGGCUUGGGAAUUUCAAGUGGCUACAGUGGAAUGGUGGACAAGUCAAAUGAUCAAUCUAAAGUGGAAGCAAAAUACCCAGCUAUUCUGUUCAAGCAACAUUUAACUGCAUAUGUUGAGAAGAUAUAUGGAAUGAUCCGUGAUAGUUUAAAGAAAGAGAUUAGCCCAUUCUUAAAUUUGUGUAUACAAGCACCAAGAGCCAUAAGGACUAGAUCAAUAAGAGGGUCAUCCAGAAACAUCCAUUCAAAUAUAGUUGCAAAACAACAGGCAUUGCAUAUGCACUGGAAAGGCAUUGUGAGCAAGUUAGAUGAUGCCUUGGGUAUAUUAUCUGAUAACUAUGUCCCUCCCAUCAUAACUAGGAAGAUAUUUAGUCAGGUUUUUUCAUUCAUGAAUGUCCAACUCUUUAAUAGUUUGUUGCUUCGUCGUGAAUGCUGUUCCUUUAGCAAUGGAGAAUAUUUGAAGGCAGGUUUGCAUGAGUUGGAACUAUGGUGUCUUAAAGCAACAGAUCAGUUUGCUGGGACAUCUUGGGAUGAACUCAAACACAUACGCCAAGCAGUGGGAUUUCUGGUUUUGCAUCAAAAGACUCAAAAAUCUUUGGAGGAGAUCACAAGUGAACUCUGCCCGGUGUUAAGUAUUCCACAAAUAUACCGCAUUGGAACCAUGUUUUGGGAUGAUAAGUAUGGAGCACAGGGAUUAUCUCCAGAGGUCAUUAGCAGAAUGAGAGUACUUAUUACAGAAGACUCAAUAAACAUACACAAUAAUUCAUUCCUUUUGGAAGUGGAUUCCAGCAUACCAUUCUUAAUGGAGGAGAUGUUCCGAUCCAUGAGUGACAUACGCCUAUCGGAUAUGGAUGUGGAUCCACCACCAAUCCUCAGGCAAAGGUCUGACUUCCAAUUCUUGUUGCAACAAAUGGAUAGUGACUCUCAGUGAGCUCGUGAGAGUUUGGAACUGAUACAUAGUUAUAGUUUAUGUUUUGCAUUGAUUUAAUUUUAUUUGGGUUUGGUGUGAAGAGAGUAAUUGAGUGGUGAG